AUGUUACUCUCGCGUUUAUUAUUCUGUUUGGUGAUCAUUGGACUAUUGUUGAGUUAUUGUUGUGAAGCGCAACAAGAAAUUCGUAAAGCUAUGCGUGCUAAGACGGAUCGGAAAAUCAAAGAAGGUAAACGAAAGAUUCAACGAGGACAACAAGCGGUGGAAACUGUCAAAAAUCAAGCGCGACAACCAUUUGAUCGAGCUGGUACAAAGAUCAAUCGGAAAUAUGAAAAUACCAGACGAAAAGUGCAUCAAAUCGAAAAUGUUAUCAAAUCAUAA